CGGUCAUAAAUACACAUGCACUCCUCCAUCUAUCAACCCCACACCCAUUGUUUUCAUUAUCUAUCUCACCCUUUUUUAGCCCCUCACUAUUAUCUCUUUCCAAUCUUUCUCCUCUACUUUCCACGCAACUCUUUUCUUUUGUAGUGCCAUGAACAACUUUGCCUUUACUUCUUGCUCUUAACUUGUACAUUAAGUUCAUUUCCCUAGUAUCAUAUUAUCUUCUCAACAUGGGGGCUCCCUUGCAUUCUCAAUUUCUAUUUUUCAGCAGUCUCAUUUUGCUUCUUUUUUCAUUCAAUGUCCAAUUAACUCUUGCCAUGUCGACAAUCACAGCUAUGGCCAAAGAUCAAAUAUCAUGCACAAUGUGCUCCUCAUGUGACAACCCAUGUCAGCCCAUUUUAUCACCAUCGCCUCCGCCACCUUCUCCACCUCCACCUGCAUCAUCAGGUUAUAAUUGUCCACCACCACCAUCACCGCCAAGUUCCUGCACGGAAGGCUGCUCACUCCCUCCACCUUCACAGCCUACUCUGCCACCGCCUAAUAAUGGCGGUGGCAGUGGUGGUGGCGGUGAUAGUAAUUACUACUAUCCUCCGAUGGACCCUUCUUUAUACUCAGCCCCUCCACCUCCAAACCCCAUUGUACCGUAUUUCCCUUUCUAUUAUUACAACCCUCCUCCAUCUAAUACAGCUAUAUCCAAAUCAGUUCAAUUCAAGAACCAUCAUCCUUUUAUCAUUCUUUCCGUGGUCAUUUUCUUGUUUCUUUGACCAUAAACAAGUACUAUUAUAUAGCAUUAAACUUAACUAGUGUAUACUUGUAUAACAUUUGUAUUUGUUUUGUAAUUCCUUUUUAUCCAAUCAGAAUAUGUAUUUCAGGUUUAUAAUAGACAAUGUUCAGACAGCAAGAAGAAGGCCAUGAGAUACUCGGAUACAGAGGAGGAACAAGAAGUGGUGGACAAAUAAUUAACUGGCCCAUCAAAUUGCCACAAAAAUUUAAGAAUGUGUGAUUAUAUGAUCCUACAUGAUAGGAGGAAGAGUCUCCCAGUUUUCUUUUGCACAUGUGGUUGGAGAAUAAUAUGGCUCUAACUCUAAGUACUCUUACUCAUGAGUCAAAUUCUUAAUUUCUUGUUACACAUGUUUGUUGAUAGUACUACAAUUUUUCUUAUCGUAACAUGUACUUUUCCUACUCU